AACGCUCUGCCGAUUGGCCUGCUGGUCUCCCAGUAACAAAAACCCACCGGGGAACCCCGCGAUCAUACGUCAAAAGGACCAAGUGGUGGAGGGGAUCAGGCACAAGAACACAAAAAGAAAAGUAGAAGACACCCACCAAAGGGAACAAAGCCACGUCUCCCCUGAGCGGACAGGCACGACGACAUUGACCCUCCCUCAACAGCAGCAAACAAGAACAAAAACACAAUGGCGACCCGCAAACCCAUCAUCACGACCAUCGGCUCCCUCAACGUCGACGUGGUCGUCUACACGCCCCGGGUGCCCGAGGGCGGCGAGACGCUGACGGCGAGCUCGUUCCACACGGGGCUGGGGGGAAAAGGCGCAAACCAGGCGGUCGCGUGCGCCAAGCUGUCGCGGUCGCGGGACUCGCUGGCCGACGGCACCGCGGACGUGCGCAUGGUCGGCGCGGUGGGCAGCGACGUGUACGGCACCUCGAUGCUGAGCGGGCUGCGGGACGUCGGGGUCGACACGUCGGGCGUGGCCGUCCGCGAGGGCGCCAAGACGGGCGUCGCGACCAUCAUUGUCGAGGAGACCUCUGGCCAGAACCGGAUCCUGCUCUCCCCCGAGGCCAACCACACUGUGCUGCCGGAGCACUUCGCCACGGCGCUGCCCGAGCCGACCCCGGACCUCGUCGUCAUGCAGCUCGAGAUCCCGCUCCCGACGGUCCUGCAGAUCCUCGACACGGCCAGGCGCCAGGGCGUCCAGGUGCUCCUGAACCCGGCGCCCGCCGUCAAGAUCCCCGCAGAGUACUACCCGGGCAUCACGCACCUCGUCGUCAACGAGACCGAGGCCGCCCUCCUCACCGGCUGCGCCGAGUCCGAGCUCGACACCCCCGAGGGCCUCGCGCGGGUCGCCGGCAUCUUCCACGGCUACGGCACCAGGAACGUCCUCGUCACCCUGGGCGGCAGGGGCGUGUACUACAGCAGCAGCGGCAACAAGUCGGGCCUGGUGCCGGCGCAGAAGGUCAAGGUGGUCGACACGACUGCCGCUGGAGACACCUUUGUCGGCGCGUACUCGCUGGCCGUGGUGGGCGGCGACUUUGACAUUGAGAAGGCCGUCAAGGUGGCCAACAGCGCGGCGGCCAUCACGGUGCAGAGGCGAGGCGCGCAGGAGUCGAUACCCUGGCUGAACGAGCUGUCAAAUUAAAAAGAAAAAGAAAAAAACUGGUUGAAGCAAUAUGAAUAAAUCAAUGGUAAAAAGUAGGCGUUCAUUCAUGCCGGCUCUAGGGCAAAUUGUUCCGUAGAUGAUUGUGAAGCACGCACCUUGUGGGCGCUCAGUGUCAAAUCAGUACGUCAACAC